UCAGGCGGGACUGCAAACACGACACCCAGGAGCCGGGAGGGUUUAAACAGUGGGUUGAAAGACGCGGCGACGGUGGAGGAAGGGCCUCCUUCCCCUUUGUGGAAGCCCCUUUGGGCGCCGCCUCUUCCCUUCCAGCGCUGCCUCCAGUGCCGAUUGGAAGUUCAGCCGCCGCGGAGGAUGGAGCGCUUCUCUGGCCGCCGCGCUUUGGUGACGGGUGCAGGCAAAGGGAUCGGCAGGGCUGUGGCGGUACGGCUGAGCCAGGCGGGGGCUCAGGUGGUGGCGGUGAGCCGGACGCAGACUGAUCUCGAGAGCCUGCAAGAAGAGUGCCCAGGCAUCCAGACAUUGUGUGUUGAUCUCGCAGACUGGGAAGCUACAGAGGCUGCACUAAGCACAGUGGAAGAUAUUGAUUUGUUAGUGAAUAAUGCUGCCAUAGCAGUUUUGCAGCCAUUCCUACAGGUUACUAAAGAGGCCUUUGACAGAUCUUUUAAUGUCAAUCUUCGGGCUGUGCUGCAGGCCUCACAGAUUUUUGCCCAGAAACUGAUUGCCAGAGGAGCACCAGGAGUUAUUGUCAAUGUUUCAAGCCAGGCUUCCCAACGAGCUGUGUUAAAUCACACUGUCUAUAGUGCAACCAAGAGUGCCUUGGAUAUGCUGACAAAGUCAAUGGCUCUGGAAUUAGGCCCCCAUAAGAUUCGGGUAAAUUGUGUGAACCCCACAGUUGUCAUGACCAACAUGGGACGCCUAAAUUGGAGUGAUCCCCAGAAAUCUGGACCUAUGCUUAACCGCAUCCCAUUGGGAAAAUUUGCAGCCAACCUUCCUACAUCUAUCUCUACAGAACUGGAUGAUGUGGUAAAUGGCAUUCUGUUCUUGUUGAGUGACCAAAGCAGCAUGACCACUGGGGCCACACUGCCCAUUGAUGGAGGAUUCCUCUCCAGCUAGAAUACCUUGCAAAUUCCUUUGGGAUGAAUAGCCCAACUCUCCAUGAUUUAUCCAGUUUAGUCUUUUUCAAAAUACCGAAGGAUCAUGAAAUGGAACAAUUUGAUAUACGAAUAAAUCAAUGAAGUAGUAGAAAGAA